AUAAUGGUUAUUAGUUUUAUUUAAAUGAUAGGCAAAAGUCAUAUAUAUAAAAAAAAGCAAUGAAAAAACGUCCGGAAAAAGGCAGCAAGGAGAAAGGACAUUCAGUAGUCGAAGAAGAGCCUGUACAGCCUGCAGUGCCAAAUAUCCAAGAAAAAUGCCCCGUCCAGAGCAUAGAUGACUACCAGUGCACAGGCAAUGUGGAAGUGGAUUUCCCAGAGCUGUGUGCUAUACUUGGCCUGAAGAAAGUCCCUGAUGUGAGACCACUAAUAGCACAUUCAGCAGAAAGAGCAAAGGACAGUAGCCAGGAGCAGAUUCUGUCUGAAGGCUGUACGGUGACGUGGUCCCCUAAACCCUGCCUUCAAAUAGAAAAGGAGAACGAGGACGCUCGUAGCGUUAAAAGAAUCCGGAUAUCUGGAUGGAGGGUGGAUGAGGUGAUUGCUCAAGUGCUGAGUAAGAUGUUACCAUCCCUCAGUAAUCUACAGACCCUACAGAUGUGGCGGGUGGGAUUGACUGAUUCCAUUUUGACCUCCUUGAAGAACACUAUUUCUAUGUGCUCAAAGCUCAGGAGAGUUAUUUUAGAGGGAACCCCUAUUCCAGAAAAUAGUUACCAUAUUCUCAUGGGAGAGGACAGUAUGAUAUCUCAUUUAUCACUGCGAAACAAUCGCAUAGGAGAAGAUGGAGCACGUCUGAUUGGUUUAGCUCUGUCCAAGAAUCUUCGGUCACUCAGUCUGGCCUUUAAUGCUAUUGGUGAUGCUGGUGCUAUUCAUAUUGCACAGGGGUUGUGCCACAAUCACACUUUGUUAAAUCUUUCCCUGGCCAACAAUCACAUAGGCGAUGUAGGAGCAGCCCAGGUGGCUCAGGGGUUGCGUCUCAAUCACACUUUGUUGCAUCUUUCUCUGGCCAACAAUCAUAUAGGCGAUGUAGGAGCAGCCCAGCUGGCUCAGGUGCUAGGCCCAUUUGCCCUGACACAUGAAGAAAUUGUCGAGAGAAGGAGGGAGUUGAAAAGGAAGGACCAACUGGAUGCCACCAAGAAGGAUGAGAAACAUCAGACAGUGAUAGCAACAGGAAAAAAAGAAGACCCCAAAGUGGAAAAGAAAAAAACCUCAGAUAUGAAGAUGCCACAAGGCCGAGGUGCAAAAUCAGAUGCAAAAGACAUGCAUUCUUCAAUGAAAGAACAAGAGGCAGAAGAUGUGGGUGAGACACAAAGCCCUUUGCUGAAUCCUGAUAUACAGAGCAUUGGAGGGAAGGUGAUUUAUCCAGGCAACACCACACUCCUCUUUUUGAACUUGUCAGGCAAUAAACUAACACAGCAGUCACUUCAGAUGUUCCUGCGUUCUCUGGAGUGUCAAGGGAAAGAAGGGCUUCAGUAUAUUUCUCUUAAUAGAAACAGCUUUCCCCUAGAUUGUGAGGCCUUCCUGAAACUACAGGAAAUGAUGUCGCUUAAGGAUCCUCUGAACAGAACCGCCUCAGCUCAGGUGGAGCCUGAGCAUGGACAAGCAGCAUAGCGUUGCAUGAUUAUUUUUUAAGUCCCAAAAUUGUAUCUCAGAAUUAUAGUUUUACUGGAUAAUGCUGCUUUGUGUUGUGACUGGUUUACAAUGUUGACUGGAUCACAAGAGGGAGCGACACGGUCGCAAACUUGAGUUUUCCA